CACCCUGACACAUACACACACACCCUAACACACACACACACACCCUGACACAUACACACACCCUAACACACACACACACACACACACACACACACACACACACAGACAAACACACAUACCCUGAGGCAACGGGACUGAGUGGAGCUGUGAUCCCGGAGAGGAGACACUGAUGAGAGGUAGAUCAUGGGAUGUCAGAUGGUCAGCCAGUAACUGAAGAGACUGAAGCGCAGACAGCAGCCAAUCAGACGCUCCGAAGUGUGUUCCUGAGUCACAGCCCCCUGCGGUGUGUCGCAACUCGCCUCUUCCCCAGCGGUCGGCAUGCAGAGUGUGAAGUGUGUGGUGGUGGGGGACGGAGCGGUGGGGAAAACCUGCCUCCUCAUCUCCUACACAACUGGAGCGUUUCCCAAAGAAUACAUCCCCACCGUGUUCGACAACUACAGCAGCCAGGUGACGGUGGAUGGCAGGAUGGUGAGCCUGAACCUGUGGGACACGGCGGGGCAGGAGGAGUACGACCGGCUGAGGACGCUCUCCUACCCGCAGACCCACGUCUUCAUCAUCUGCUUCUCCAUCUCUAGCCCCGCCUCCUACGAGAACGUCAAGCACAAGUGGCACCCCGAGGUGACUCACCACUGUCCAGAUGUUCCCAUCCUCCUGGUGGGAACAAAGAGCGAUCUCCGGGAGGACGGCGAGACCCAGAGGAAGCUGAAGGACCAGAACCAGACUCCUGUCAGCCACCAGCAGGGGGCAGCGCUCGCCAAGCAGAUCCACGCCAUGCGCUACCUGGAGUGCUCGGCGCUGAACCAGGACGGCAUCAAGGAGGUGUUCGCCGAGGCCGUGAGGGCGUACCUGAACCCGACGCCUGCUGCCAGGAAGAGGCCCUGCGUCCUGCUGUAGAGACUGACCCAGGACAUCCGAGUCUUUCUCUGGAGCUUUAGAGAGCAGGUCUGGGCUCGAGCUGGACCGACGCUGUACGAUCAGGGCCUCAGAGCAGCAUCUCCAUCUCUUCAGUCUUGGACGGUUCUUCCUGGUCGUUUUGGGGGAAUUCAAACUCCACAUGUGCAGUUUAACAGGUUGCAGAUGCUAGUGCUUACAGGCUCACACUGAACAUGUGGAGAACACGUUUCCCUAAAAUAACUCGUGAAGAAAACUCACACACUGAUGAGAAGAACAAUAUGAAAUAAAUCUGAAAGUAAGGGAGGCCGAGAAGUUCCUUAAAGGUCUCCUGUUAUUCGCCUGUCUGUCUCCUAGAGCUCCCUUGUGUUGUUUUAACCAAUCAGCUCUCAGAGGGGCGUGGCCAGCAGCAGCUCAUUAGCAUUUAAAGCUACAGACACAGAAUCAGCUCUUUAAGAACAGGGCUGAAACAGAGGGGGUUAUGGGAAUCAGAGACAGGCUCUAGAUACAUCUGAGACCUGGAGUAUAGUCAUGAAGAAGAGGAUGAAGUGGAUGAUAGGAGACCUUUAAGAUGUUAACUAUUUCAAACAUUUUUAAUUUAAAAACUGAAAAUCAGAAGUUUGAGUCGAGAAUCUUCUUAUUAAGGCCAAAUAAUUCGGGUAAUUUAAUCGUACAGAGUUUGUCCGGCGCCACAGAGCUCAGUUUGUGUUGUGUUGUGUGUGCGUGUGUGUGUGUGUGUGUGGGGGGGGGGGGGGCUGACAAUUAAUUUAAAGCUUUUAUGUAAUGAGUUUUUAAGAAAUAAUUAAAAUCAAAUGAAACUCCA